AUGUCCCUUCAAGCUCAAGGUAUGCAUUACUGGAAACAGAAAGCACUGUGUUCAACAUACAUGCCUCAAUUACCGACAUAUGUGAUGAAAAAAUAGUCACACUGUCAUGUGAGAUCAACAAUAACAUAGAAUUGUAGAAUUUCCAAGGUUGAAGCAAUCAAUAUAAUAGUAUAAAAUAGGCCUCUUCUACUGUACAAGGUCGCAGUUGAAUCGUAACUAGUCAAGCCGGGGUUUCGUGUCAAGCCAGGGUUUCGUGUCAAGCCAGGGUUUCGUGUCAAGCCAGGGUUUCGUGGAAAACGCUUUGCCGCCCUUUCGUGUAAGGAAGAAAUCUAGUUUGAAUGUUGAGAAAGUGCCGGAGCCCACUAGAGUCGUUUUGACCCAAAUUCACGAGGUUGCAAACGCGUCGGAGGGAAUCACAGCUAGGGUAUAAGCGCAGUUUUGAUUCUUGGUGUGUGUCUUUGAAGCAUUGUGACAAAGCAACCACUGCCUUUAACAGCUCCACGUUUUUGUAUGAUGUGCAUUCGCUGUAGUUGCUCUGCUUUGUCUUCCUCGAAGGAGUUUCACAACCACACCCACCCUGAGAACUGCACCGGAAAUUAAAGCCUUCCGAAUCCUUCGUUGCGUGCUCAGGCCACCACCUUCCAAGCUGUGUGGCUAUCACUUCUGAAAUCCGGGUGGUGAAUCUUCACGAGUGGAGUUCUCUCAAGAUUCCCUAGUUGAGCAGCACCGUGGUUUCUUGCAGGACGGGAAGACUUCACAUCUUUUGGUCAGCUGCAGGACGAAGAAUCAAAUUGGGACUGUGGGCAGUUCAUGUCUGAGGAACAGCUUGCGUACGGCUGACAAUUCUUACUAGAUUGAUCCCUGGGUUGACCACCGCCAGAUAAUUCUUGUGCUUUUUCGCCUUAGACGAAACAUUCGCCUUUUGGCAACUUUGGACGUCGAGGCAGCUUGGAGGAAUUGCACAGGAUGACUGCCACAGGAAUGUACCAAGUUGUGUUGAACUCGAAGGUUAAGAUGCAACAUCGGGGUCCGAGGUUGCACAACUUGAUCAUUGCGAUGGCUCUAUCAUUCUGCGUUCUAGCUUUUCGCCUGUUCGCUAUCUCCCGGCAGGAUCACCAGCACGAGGUCCGGCCCGUGUUUCUCGACAACCCACUGCCGCUCAAGAAUGAAGUUCCCCGCAACACGUCCGAUCUCAUUGCGAAAUUAGCCGCCGUCACCAGAAUUGCUGCAAAUGGAAGCAACAUGACGAAGGUUUUUUCUUCCGAAAAGCAACUGUUGUGGAAUAAGGAGCACCCUUGCUCUAGCAGGCGGGAAAUUCACUCUCUCUACUCAACUAGGAAAAGCACACACGACAUACAAAUUAAUUCGAAUUGGGUCUCCAUUCUGCAAGAGUAUGCAAAGCUCCACAGGACGUGUGUGCUGCAAAUGGGCAACGUGACAGAUUUUUUCCUCAAGAGGAAGCAUAUAGAGGGUUGCAAGUUUGUAGUGGCUGGGGUGUCUAGGGGCAGCGGUAUCGGCAACAAGGCUCUGUCAAUCGUGUCGGCGACAGUGUAUGCCGUCCUAACGCAACGAAUCCUUCUCGUCCCGCAAGCCGCUGCUGCACCCGGAGUGUUUUGUGAGCCAUUUGAGGGCUCCUCGUGGACGGUGGAUCCUGAUCAUAUCUGGACGAAGAGCAAGAAGAGAACUGAUCUUUGGGACACCUUGGCAUAUUUCCACAAAAGGGUGGAUGCUAGAGCUCUUAGCGAAGCCAUGGUAAAGCCCGUCUACGCCGUUUCCACGACCGAGAAUUGGGACGCGCAACCGGAGCCACGAUUUUUCUGCGACACCGAACAAGCACAAUAUACCCAAGUCCAAUGGAUCAAUUUUCGAAACAACUUCUACUUCGUGCCGAAGCUCUUCGCAGUCCCGAGCUUCCGCCCCCUUCUCGAGGAUAUUUUCCCCCACCGGAAGGUACUCACUCAGUUGUUGCGGACCGUGAUGCUACCAUGUGAUCCUGUGUGGGAGCGUGUCAAGCAAGUGCACGACUCACAUUUCCGACAUUCAGAUCGCCUAGUCGGCAUACAAGAACGAUACUUUCAGGGAAAAUCAGAAUUCGAUCUACUGCACACGACUAUGGAGGAGAACGUCGUGAGCUGUCUACUGGCCGAGGGGCUUCUUCCAACCCCGAACUCCGAAUCUCAACCCCGAACAACGACAGUGCCACAGGAAAUGGACGAACCAAUCGUUCCUUCAAACUCUCCCGAGGUCCUAAAUUCUCUCAAUGUCACUACCAUCUUCAUCACUUCUCUUUACCAAAGCUUAGCCGACAGAUUGUCGCGGGACUACGUGCUAACCACGACAGAAUCCGACGAUCCGGUAGGGGUGGUCCAGCUGACCCACGAGGAAACCCAGAACUUCGGGGUCGAGGUUGACAAGCAUGCCUUGGUGGAAAUCCUCUGUCUGAGUCUCACAGACAACUUGGUUCUGACUCCACAGUCCACGUUCGGCGCCCUCGCGCAAGGGUAUGGUGGCUUAGUACCAUGGUUCAUCGACCUGCGACCUGAAACACAAACGCCGUGCGUGCCUGCGACCUGAAACACAAACUUGUUUCCAACUUCCGGCCACGAAAUUGUACACCUGCCCACAUGAUGUGGAUGUCAAUGGGCAGUUCAUGACGGACGUGGUGUCGUACUUGACGGAUUGCAACUCGGUGGAGAAGCCGUUCCUGCACAUGAACGGGAUCCAGCUAGCAACAGAUUGAGAGAAUAGCCCUGUAAGUCGCAGGCAUGGUUUACCCUGUUGUGAUACACAGUCACUGCACAUUGAAUUGUCAUCAAGUCUCAAUUUAUUCGACGCCAAAAUAUCCCAGAAGACCAUCACGAUAACGAAGAGCAGAUUACAGCUCAUUUGAGCUGUUCUCAAGCUCCAUGAGGUGGAAAACCAGGGCUGUUAUCUUCACUGCAGCAUACAGCCACGAGUGAUCGGUAGGGGCUGGACAAAACAAGUCGAACAGUAUAGUAUCUCUGACUACAGAUCCAACGAUGGUCGUCAGACCUUUUUGUUUGUCAGACGAUGCUCCGAUGAGAUAUAAUUCCGGAACUGAGUGGUUUUGGAAGGGCAUCUCUAUUAGUGCGCUAAAGGGCCACACUGGAAUGUCCUGAGCUUGCAGUACACCACCAUUGCUCGCCCACUCACGUUGGCAACACUCAAUGGAUUCAAAAUCGUGGCACCAAUGGUAUAGAAAACACGGCGCCCCAUUUGAAGAGCUUCUACAGAUUUUGGCAUGAGUAUUGAUAAUUGACAAGGUUGAGUCAAUUGGCAGUAGGAUAUUUUAAUGUGGGAGUAGAGUGCAUGAGUGAGGUACUUAAAGGGUAUUUAUAUGAAGAAGUCUACCUUUAAAACACCACAGUAUCUAAGCCUUACAAAGGUCUUCCACUUGAUGAAGAAAACAAAUUUAGAGCUUUUGGCUUUUGAAGAUUGUACAAAGUGAAGCACCUGUAAAAUAGACAUGAUCAUUGUAUUGUAAUAAAUCUAAAAUGCCACUUUUUUUUCUUGAUUUUAAAAAGUA